CCAACCCCUACGCCCCAUCAAUAAAUAAUAAGCUGCGCGCCCCCGCAUGCAUACGUACACCUCAAUCGCGAUCUAGAAACGACCAACUCGCCGAUCAAUCUCGCAGCAUGGCGUCUAGCACCAGGUUUGCUCCCCUCCUCCUAGCGCUCGCCGUCCUCGCCGCGGCGGCGCUGGCCCCCUCGGCGUCGGCGGCGGCCGGGACGGAGUACUGCCGGGACACGCUGGGCGGCCUGCUGGCGUGCCACGCGUUCAUGUACGAGGGCGCGCCGGCGGCCUCGCCCGCCUGCUGCGACGCCUACAGCGCCGCCUUCAACGCCGACCCCUUCUGCCUCUGCUACAUCGCCAACGGUGUCUACGGCCGCUCCACCGGCUACGACGUCAACGUCACCCACGCCCUCGAGAUCCCCACCAGCUGCGGCCAGGUCCAGCCGCCCAUCCAGCUCUGCGACAUGCAAGGAGUGGUACUUCCUCCCUACGAGCCGGAGUCCGGACCCAAGGCUUCGUCGCCGGCGGCUCAGCCACCUUCAGCAGGAUCGGUAGAGCCACCACGGUCGUCUCCUGCGGCGCCGUCGUCGACUUCCCCGCCACCGCCACCACCAACAACAACAACAACCUCCGGCAGUGAUCAAUCUUCGGCGCAGAUGGCCCUCGUGCUCUUCACCGUUGCUGCCGGCAUGCUCGCGGCCGUGGCCUGAAGAUGGGAAUUGCAGCCGUGAUAAGCUAUGAUAUCAGGACUUGCAGAAUAUGAAUAUUAGCUGCAGAUUGAAACAUACAUGUUGUUCGCAACAUGUAAUUAUGUAAUAGACUAAAUAUAUAGGUUUUUUUUCUUUGGUUAAUCAAAUAGGUAGGAGUUAGAUGAGGCUUUGUUAAUUCUCAUCUACUCCCUCUAUAAGCUUUUAUAAGACGUUUUAGAUCACUAACCUAAAACGUCUUAUAAAAGUUGAGGAAUAGAUGAGAAUUAGCAAAUCCAUUGUUUUAUUA